GGAGAAUAGCAGGUUUAUAGUAUAAGAAUGGGGAAAUCAACAGACAUGCAGAGCGCCUUCCAUUUUUAUAUCAACUUGCAUCAGGUAAACAUGCAUGUUGGGCGGCGAGCCCGUCCUUCCAUGACGAACAUCAUUGGCUCGGCGCGGACUAUGCUGAGCUAAGGACUUUCGCAUGCUCAGUGGUGGUGCGCGUACCGUUUUUGUCUGUCUGCUUUAUAUAGCGACGCCUGGUCCAUUCCUUCUCGCCUUUUUUCUUCAUAGUUGAACAGUUCCUCACUUUUUUCUUUGCUACUUUGUCUAAUUAUAUCUGCCCUUUUCUACACAUAAUGAAGCUCUCUAUUCUCGCCGCUUCCGCUCUGUUUGCCAGCCAGGCAACUGCCUACAGCAUCGUCCAUUCCAGCUCGCUUAACUGUCGCAAGGAGCCUACAGCCGCCUCGGAUAAGGUCACAAUCUACCAGCUGAGCGACGAUAUCCAGAUCGAAUGCCAGAUCCCCGGCCAGGACGUCUAUGGCAAUAAGCUUUGGGAUCUCACCCAGGACGGCUGCUAUGUGGCUGACUACUAUGUACUGACUGGCGCUGCCGGCUACAUUGCGCCUCGUUGUGAUGGCGGUAGCACUGACGUUGGCGACAGUAACAGUUCCUCUGACAAGCCCUCUGGUUCGGCCACCAAGGCUUCUGCCACCAAGACUUCUGCCACCAAGGCCCACACCUCUAGCAAGCACACACAGCUCAGUGGCAUCGAGGAUGAGAGCUCGGCCGACGACGCGUCGAAUGUCGAGCUGUCUGAUAUUCUGCUGCCAUCUGAGGACGAGAGUCUGACAGAGGUUGAGUCAAGCGCCAAGCCGAGCGCUAAGACGAGCGCCGAGUCUACCUCUGCAAAGGUGACGACGCCUGGGUCGCAGGGCUCGGCCAGCGCUAUCGGUGUGUCACCAGCCAAGGCUGUGGCUAUGUGUGCUGCUGCCAUCGUUGCCCUGGCGUUCUAAACACUAAAAAUAGGACAGCGUCAGCGACAUCAUUCUGCAUCCUGGUCACUUGCUGACCGCAUUGUUCGCUCGCUAUCUUUUUUGUUUUGUUUUCAAUCCACAAUGCGCUCAUUUGCCAGCUAAACAGGGAGCUAUUGUCAAACAUGCAUUGAUUUCUUCUGGUUAGAACUAAACAGACUAUUCACCAGGCACUGUUUGCGGUUGUAGUCCCUCAGCUAGCGCUCAGAGAUUUGCCACAGGUUUAGAAUAGAGCCAAAGUUUGGAACGCGGUCAAUUGUUU